AUGACCUCUAACUCUAAAACCAAAUCCACACAUUUAAAGGACUCAACAAAACGAAUAGAUUCACUAGAAUCUCCAGCUACCAACUUAAUGAUUAUAGCUAAUAAAAAUGAUUUUUAUAAAAUACUUCAAGAAACCAACAAUCGUUUGCUGGUAAUCGAAUUCUUUGCGGAUUGGUGUGGACCCUGCAAGAUAUUGACUAGAAAAUUAGAACAAUUGGCCCAGGCCUACAAUGGCAAAAUCUUAAUAGUUAAAGUUGAUGUAGAUGAAUUCGAGGAGCUGGCCAUGGAGUAUGAUGUAUCGGCUAUGCCCACUUUUAUGCUAAUGAAAAAUCAACAGAAAUUGGAACAAUUUUCUAGUAGUAAUGAGGAGACUUUGGACAAAAGUUUAGAGAAGUAUGCUGGCAAACCGGAGAUGAGUGGUGAGGGAACUGAAGCGAAAAAUAAUGGGGGAUCAAAGGGGAAGAAGCAAAGUGGAUGUAAAUGA